UUUCAAAACUAGUCUACUGUUCAACGCAGAAUAAUAUACCUGAAGAUAUCAGAAAAAUUAAAUGGCGCACCCUUCAAACACAUUAUAUAAACCGGAGAUAAUGAAGCGGUGCCUCUUCAUUGUUCUGAUAUUCAGUGUAAUUUUGAAUCAGUUCGUGACAGGUGCUCCACAGAUAUCACAGCCGACAAAUGGAGCGACUCCGCCCGCACUGGGCCAAAGUGCGUCGAGUUCGUUUCUGCCAUCAUUUCCCGGUGAUACUGGCUUUCGACAAUUUUCAGACACUAUUGCCGGAUCGGUUAGUAAUAUAAGCAUGGGGCUUGGCAAAAUAACAGAAAUGCUACUAUCAGAUGUUACAAAGGCGGUUGGCACUUUAUUUAGUGGUUGGUUUGGAGCUGGAAGAGUGAACGAAGCGAACCAAAGAUCGUACAUCAACCAGUUACAACCACAAAACCAACAGAACAAUAGUGCCACAGCUUCAAAUUCACCAGCAGCACAGCCAUCACAAAGUGGAUCACCGUCAGGAUCGCAAACGACAACAUAAUUUACAACAUCCCAUUAAAUGCGAAAACGUACAAAGCGAGUCACUUAACAAUGAAGCGCUUUGAUGAAAUAUUCUCUCUCUCUCUCUUCAUUUAAGUUCAUAUAAAUAAAGUCGUACGAGAACAUUUGUAACACACGCUAAUUGUAGACUGAACAAAAAAAGUAUAUAAAAGUAAUAUACUGCUUUACAUAAAUUCUUUUCCAUCAAGUAUUUACAUGGGAAUAAAUAAAUUUCUUUUGAUAUUUAAA